GCAAUACACUCAGCCACACCCUGCCCUGCCACUCUACUCGUGGACAAUGAUGGAAGCCGCCACAGAAAAGCAGAAGAGUAAACUCGAGCGGAAGCAAGAAGUGUUUCUGAGGAAGAAAGUGAGUUUAUUCCGAGCCGUCUCCUUAUUAAUUGGCACCAUAAUCGGCAGCGGGAUAUUCAUCUCGCCCAAGGGAGUCCUGGACAAUUCAGGCAGCAUCGGGGCAUCGCUGGUGAUCUGGGUGUUGUGUGGCAUCAUCUCCAUGCUGGGAGCUCUAUCAUACGCAGAGCUGGGAACAAGCAUUAAGAAAUCUGGCGGUCACUACAUCUAUCUUAAGGAGACUUUGGGCCCAUUUCCAGCCUUCCUUCGAUUGUGGAGUGAAUUCAUCAUCAUCAGGCCAGCGCUCACAGCCGUCGUUAGUCUGUCGUUCGGACGCUACAUUGUUGAACCGUUCUUUGCCCCAUGUCCCGCACCAGCCCUGGCAGUGAAACUUAUCACAGCCGUUGGAGUCUCUUUGGUGGUGUUUAUUAAUUCUUGGAGUGUAAACUGGACAGCCCGCAUUCAAAUCAUCCUGACGUUCUCUAAACUUGUGGCUCUGGGACUCAUCAUCGUUCCCGGGAUGAUGGCUUUGGCCCAAGGUCGCACUGAAAACUUUCAAAAUGCUUUUAACAGCAGUUCAGUGCCACUGGCCAAACUUCCACUGGCUUUUUAUUCGGGCAUGUUUGCUUAUAGUGGCUGGUUUUAUAUGAACUUUGUCGCAGAGGAGAUUAUUAACCCAGAAAGGACUAUCCCUCUGGCAAUUAUCUCCUCUCUGGUCAUUGUCACAGUACUGUACCUGCUUGUGAAUGUGGCUUACUACACUAUACUGACAGCGGAGGAGGUGAUGGCAUCUGUUGCAGUCGCUGUGACUUUUGCAGAUCGCACUCUGGAAAGCUUUUCCUCCGUGAUUCAAAUCCUCGUGGCACUGUCGUGCCUUGGGGCAAUAACGGGAGGACUAUUUUCUUCUUCCAGAGUGUUCUUUGUGGCUUCGAGAGAAAACCAGUGGCCGACCAUCUUCUCCAUGAUCCACAUCCGGCGCCACACGCCACUUCCAGCGGUGAUCCUGAUAUAUCCACUGGUGCUCCUGAUGAUUUGCAUUGGCGAUCUGUACGCUUUGCUGAAUUUAAACAGCUUUCCCCGUUGGCUGUUUAUGGGGCUUGUAACCUUUGGGCUCAUCCGCCAUCGAUAUAAAGAGCCGGAUCUCCACCGUCCAUUCAAGGUACCAAUGAUCAUACCUGGACUCUUUAGUACAAUGUGCCUGUUCAUCGUGGUCACUUCCCUUUAUGCAGACCCCGUCAGCACUGGUAUGGGCUGUGCUUUGAUGCUCUCUGGUGUACCAGUUUACUAUCUGAUGAUGAACAGAUACAGAGGACCAGUCUGGUGCAGGAAAGCAAUUUAUCUCGUCACAGUCAAACUGCAAAUUUUAUUUGAAGUAGUGCAACAGGAGAUUGUAACCUGCUGAAAAUCUGCCAGGGAGCGAUCAAUCUUUUCAUGUACUCACAAUAGAAUCACCACAAGAGGUUUAUCACAAGGCACACGUCCCAAAUGAACACGUCCCGUGUGAAAACUCCAUCCUCACCAACCAAGUGUGUGAAGUUGUUUUGUAAGAAAAUCUAUUAAUUUCACUUGUUUAAUCUAUUCCUAACUACAACUCCCUUGAAUUAAAAAUAUAAAUGCAAACUGGUGGUUCAAGA